CCACGUCGACGCCAGCUCCUCCCACCCGCGGACCUCGCUGCUGCGCCAACACCUCGAGGCCCAGUCCCCCGGCGGCGGCGGCGGCGGCGGCGAGGGCGCCGCCCCCUUCGACGCCGCCCUGCCCGGCGAGGGCGCGCCGCUGCUCGCCGCCGGCGGCAGCCACCGCUCGGCCUCGCGGGACCCCGAGCGCAAGCACGCCGCCGACCACGCCGACCUGCACCACCGCGCCAGCUUCAGCAGCAGCACCCGCCGCGCCUCCAUCUUCGCCCAGCAGGCCGACGCCGCCGACCUGCCCGCCGGCGAGCACCUGCCCAUCCUCGUCAAGGAGGUCGAGCAGGACGGCAAGAUCGUCCUGGCCGUCGAGGGCCAGUCGACCCUGCCGCAGACCAUCUUCAACUCGAUCAAUGUCCUCAUCGGCGUCGGCCUCCUCAGCCUGCCCCUCGGCAUCAAGUACGCCGGCUGGGUGUGCGGCAUGACCAUCCUCCUGCUCUCCGCCGCCGUCACCUCGUACACCGCCAAGCUCCUCGCCAAGUGCAUGGACCUCGACGCCAGCCUCAUCACCUUUUCCGACCUCGCCUACAUCUCCUACGGCCGCAACGCCCGCAUCGCCACGAGCAUCCUCUUCACCAUGGAGCUCCUCGCCGCCUGCGUCGCCCUGUUCGUGCUGUUCGCCGACACCCUCGUCCUGCUCUUCCCCGGCGUCCUGACCCUGACCAUGUGGAAGUUCGUCUGCGCCCUGCUGUUGAUCCCCCUGAACUUCUUGCCGCUGCGCCUGCUGAGCUUUACGAGCGUCAUUGGCAUCAUGUGCUGCUUCUCCAUUGUGUCCAUUGUUGUCAUCGACGGCCUCAUCAAGCAGGAUACGCCGGGCUCGCUCAUCGAGCCGGCCCGCACCUACCUGUUCCCCGCCAACUGGCUCACCCUGCCCCUGUCCUUCGGCCUGCUCAUGUCGCCGUGGGGCGGCCACAGCGUCUUCCCCAACGUAUGCAACCCCCCCUUGUUGGCCCUGGACAUGCGCCACCCGCAAAAGUUUGGCAAGGCCAUCAAGGUGACCUUUUCGUUCUCGUACGCCCUCGACGCUGUCACGGCCGUCGUCGGCCUCCUCAUGUUCGGAGACGGCGUCCUCGACGAGAUCACGGCCAACAUCCUCAAGACGAGCGGCUACCCCCGAGCCCUGACCAUCCUGCUCUGCGUCUUCAUCGCCAUCAUCCCUCUCACCAAGAUCCCCCUCAACGGCCGCCCCAUCAUCGCCACCGUCGAGGUCCUCGCCGGCCUCCACCACCAUGCCAUGGCCGACAGCGACGGCCUCGUCGGCCGCUCGGCGACCUUCCGCGGCUUCAUGCGCAUCUUCAUUCGCGUCGCCACCAUUCUCGUCUUCCUCGUCAUCUCCAUCCUCUUCCCCUCGUUUGACAGCAUCAUGGCCUUCAUGGGCAGCGCCCUCUGCUUCACCAUUUGC